UUGUGACUGAAGGACAUGUGCAGGGGUUUGCAUGCUUCACUGACUAUGACAAAGAGCUGGUUUGUCACUGGAAGGUGCCUGCACAAACUAACUGCUCCAAAGAAUUCCUGCUCCGCUACAGCACAGAGGUUUCUUCUGUGUCAAAUGUGUGUGUUCCUGAGAAUGCAAAGGAUGAUUUGAGGUGCACUUGCACAAUAUGUGCAGAUUAUUUUAUAGCAAGCCUCACGUAUCUUCUAGUUCUGCAGUUCAAUGGGACUGAUACGUGGAAUUACAGUGUUACACCAGCCCUUGUUGUUAAGCCGAGGGCUCCCAAAAAUGUCUCCAUUAAGAGAGUUGAAAAUGGUAAUUUCAAUCUGAGCUGGGAGGAGAGCUGCUCUCCUUCAUCCAUGCUCUCUGGACUGCCAGUCAUCUAUGAAGUGAAGUACUGGAGGAAGCAGCACCCAACAGAGGUUUUUGUAAAAGCUAUUAACUACCAGGCAAAAAGCUUCGAGAUUGCUGCAAGCUCCUUGAGGAGAGGCUAUGACUAUGUCGCCAGCCUCAGGUGUAACUACACAGACUACCCAGCCUACUGGAGUGAGUGGAGUGAAGAAGUUGAAUUUCACUUCGAUGGUUACCAAGUGACACCUGCAGACAUUCUGCAGAUGGCUGUGCCCGUAUCCUGCAUACUGAUCAUGGCAGGAUUUGUCAUUUGUUACUUCUGUUUUACCAAAGUGAAGAAAGAAUGGUGGGAUCAAAUCCCAAAUCCAGCAAAGAGCCACUUGGUUGUAAAAAAUGUCAAGUUUUCAGUUUUGUGCUACUUUGAUGAAAUUAAGUUCCCUUUCCACGACUUAAAGCAGAGUCAUAUGGAAAACCAAAUAAGUUGCAAGAACUGUCUGGCUCAAAGUUUGUCAAGCCAAAACUUCAAGGCGAAAGAUAACAUCGGAAAUGUUGAGAAAUCUUGCAGUUGCUCCAGCAAGUUUGGAGAGUGGUUGCCAAAAGGCAGCAGUGCAGUUUUAAUGCCUGAGACAAUGCCAGCUGAAGAGACUAUAGACAUCUGUCAGUGUCUAACAGACAGUGAGGCUGAGAGCCAGGAAGAGACUGAUAACCAGUUCACCAUGUUUGAGCCUGGUGGGAGCAGCAUUGGUGAUUUCAGAGAGGACAUCGACCACAAUGAUGCACUAGCUAACCUGUUCGAUGCACUCCUGGCAGAUGAAGAUAACAUGCAAGACAAUAAAGACCCAGACAUCAUCACAGCUGAGAAUAAAACCUUCAAGAAACUUGAUUCAGAAAAUCCAUCACAGCGAAAUCCAGAGGAAAGCGCAGCGCAGAGCAAGGAACCCAGCAGCUCUGCCUACAAGAGCUUCGACGCCCUCGUGUCUCAGCCACAAUCUGAGAGAAGCACCAGCAGGUACUGCAACCUGUGA